AUGGACCAGACGACCCCCACAAUGAGCAAGAUGCAGAUGCGCGCCAAGGCCAAGCUGGAGGCCGUCAUGCAGGGCCGCGGGCCCAACACAAGCAUGAAAAACCGCAUCGGCACGACGCGGCACCCGUCCAUUUCGGACGGUAGCCCGGCCAGCGGUGCGGGCAUUGCCAAUGCCGUGUCGCACCCGCCGCGGCGGCCGUCGACGGGCGGCAUGCUGAAGCGGAUCAAUUCGCAGCCGGCGUAUUGA